ACGAAGGGGCGGGAUUUUAGGCUAAUCUUAACAAAAUGGCGACUGUUGUUGUUUUGCCGCAGGGUCACUGAUUAAAUCCGUUCACCGUUUCAGCUCAUUUCUGCACCUGCAGGGCAGAAGUGCUAAGAUAAGGCCACGAACCGGAAGGGUCGACUCCGCCCGGACUGAAAUGAAAGGCAAAGAGCGGUCGCCGAUUAAAAAACGGUCCCGGGCCUUGGAAGAUAUUCGAGACAGGGGAGGAUGUCAUCCGACCAGCAAGAAAAUGGGGGCUCUGUCCGUUUCCAGUGGGAGUAAUAAUGGAAACACCUCGACAAAAGGCGACGGCGGCUCUACGAGACGGAGUCUACUCGGUGAGAAAAGAGAAAGAGACUUCGACGGCCACGGCCGGACUGGAAAUAACCACAGCUGUCAGUCCGCGGCGGGUAAAAACCACAGCCUGAGCCUGACGCUGGACUUAGCCUCGCCGAGGGGCGUCUCUUCGCGAGCGGAGCAGCGGAUCCAGCCGCCCAGCACGGAGAGUGAGUACAAAACACUGAAAAUCAGCGACCUCGGAUCCCAGCUGAGCGACGAGGACAUAGAGGACGGACUAUUUCACGAAUUCAAAAAGUUCGGCGACGUGAGCGUCAAGAUGAGCCGCAGCAGCGACGGACGGAUAGCGUUUGUGAAUUUCAGAAAGCCGGAGGACGCCCGAGCCGCUAAGCACGCCAGGGGCCGGCUGGUGCUCUACGACCGGCCGCUGAAGAUCGAGGCGGUCUACGUGAACCGGAGACGGAGCCGAUCCCCGGUCGAGAGGGACUUGUACGUGGCGGCUCAGAGUCACAGACAUCUACAGAGACCCCUGUCGCCCACUGGGCUUGGAUACAGAGACUACAGGCUGCAGCAGCUGGCUCUGGGACAGCUGCCCCCGCCCCCGCCGCCGCCCCUGCCCAGGGAUCUGGAGCGGGACCGAGAGUUUGCUCUGUUUGAAGCCAGGGCGCGUCCCGCUUUCAUUGCAGAGCGGGCAACGUUCAGAGAAGAGGAUUUUAUAUCUCCCGAAGACGACCAAAGAGCCAACAGGACGUUGUUUCUGGGAAACCUGGACAUAUCUGUUACGGAGGCGGACCUGAGGAGGGCUUUUGACAGGUUUGGGGUCAUCACGGAGGUGGACAUAAAGAGACCCACCAGAGGACUAACCAGCACCUAUGGAUUUCUGAAAUUUGAGAACCUUGACAUGGCUCACCGUGCCAAGCUUAGUAUGUCUGGCAAAAUAGUGGGUCGCAACCCCAUAAAGAUAGGUUAUGGAAAACCCAUGCCCACCACGCGCUUGUGGGUGGGGGGACUUGGACCCUGGGUGCCUGUAACUGCCCUGGCCAGAGAGUUUGAUCGCUUUGGGACAAUAAGGACCAUUGCCUAUAGAAAAGGGGACACUUGGGCUUACAUUCAGUAUGAAAGUUUAGAUGCUGCACAAGCAGCUUGGACACACAUGAGGGGUUUUCCCUUGGGAGGACCAGAGAGACGACUCAGGGUGGACUUUGCAGACUCUGAGCAUCGCUACCCGCAGCAGUUCCUGCAGCCUCUCCCCAUAGUGCCGUUUGACAUGGUGGCUGAGUCAUUUGUUCACCGUGCCACGCCCGAACCUCUUCGGGUCAGAGACAGGACUCCUCCACCACUUCAUUUCAGGGACAGAGAGCUCUUCCCUGGAGCCGACUGGCCCAACCCUGCCAUCCGGGAACGGGUACGGGCCUCGCCUUUUGAGCCUCUGGAACAUUUGGAGCGGCGGACAAGGGAGCCUUGGUCUCUGGAACGAGAGCUGCAGGGACGAGAACCUGUACGCAAGAGGCGUGCAGUGGAAGAGGGACGCCAUCUGGACCUCUCCCCGGACAGCACUGAGAGGACAGUAAGACGCAGACGAGCCUCCCCAGAGGGGAGUCCCGGCGGCAGCAGCAGAGAGGGGGGGCGCUUCAGUGAUUCAGAGCGCCCCAUGCGAGGUGAGAGAGCCUCUCCAGUGAGAGAACGCCAAAGCAGCCUGGAGCGGGUUGGGACAGAACGCCGGCUCAAGAGCCAGGUUAUGUCUGAUAAAGGACCUUCAGGUGGUGGAGGGGCAGCAGCUGGAGAACGCAAGCGUAAAGCAGUUGACGGUGGCAAAGGGCCGGCCAAGAGAGAACGCUCUGAAAGCAGCUCCAAGGGAGGUCAGCCGUCCAAGGUGGACGGCGCCAAACUUGGUCUAGCUUGGCAAGGCAUGCUGCUCCUGAAAAACAGCAACUUCCCAGCCAACAUGCAUCUGCUGGAGGGCGACCACAGCGUGGCCAGCGACCUGCUGAUGGACAGCGCGACAGGGAGGCAUGUGAGCGAGCUGAAGAUCACGCAGCGUCUCCGCCUGGACCAGCCCAAGCUCGACGAAGUGUCUCGCCGCAUCAAGGUGGCAGGUCCUGGCGGCUACGCCAUCCUGCUGGCCGUUCCCGGAGCCACGGAGGAGUCGCUCUCAGAUUCCGCGGCCUCGACCCAGCGGCCGCUCCGCAACCUGGUGUCCUACCUCAACCAAAAACAAGCAGCCGGAGUCAUCAGCCUGCCCGUGGGGGGCAGCCGGGAUAAAGACAACGCAGGGGUCCUUCAUGCUUUCCCCCCGUGUGAUUUCUCCCAGCAGUUCUUGGAUUCGUCUGCCAAAGCUCUGGCAAAAAGCAAAGAGGACUACCUGGUCAUGAUCGUGGUUCGUGGCGCAUCAUAAAAAGUGACCGUAUACUACAAUGAAGCGGCGAUUAGAAGAAAAAAAAUAAUAAUCUGCUGUAUGUCAGAAAUUAUUGCAUGCUGUGUGUUCUGCAUCCUGGGGUACAGUAGUGUGCUUCUCCAGUGUUUGAAUGUUGCCAUAUAACCCACUAAACGGACAAAUGGUGCCCUUCCAUACAACUAAAAGGUCUUUUUUUUUAAUUAUUUUUUUUUAAGUACAUUUAUUGGGUGUUUGAACCCGAUCACAAUCACAAACCCGCUGUACUAUCAGCCUUCUGGGGUUAAAUAUUGGGGUUGUUAUAGAAAUUCAAUCAGUUCAAAACCAGUUACAUGAGCCUUUAGGUCAUUUUAUCGUUUGGUUCAUUUAUGGGUUGACAUGGUUACUUAUCCAGUUAUAAGCAAAAUAAAUGUUGGGCAUCGAAUGAUUUUAUACGAUAACACCACCAUUACAGUUAAUCUACCGAUUUAAAACAAUGUUAGUUCAAUAUAUUUUAAAAUGUCCUAAAAACGUCAUGUUUAUCUCUAGGCUGCUAUACUUGACAUCAUCGGUCUGCACUGGUGGUGUUAUUACAACAACUUUCCUCCCUGGUUGUGUGAACCAGGCAUGACCUACAGUACAGUAACAUGUUGCAGUUUAAAAUUGAGCUGUUCAAGUGUUGAAAAGAAGCUGAGCAUAAUUUUUUCCCCCCCAAUUUCAAGACAGAAAGAAAUUGGUAAUGUCGACGUUUAAAACAAAUCGCACAGCUCUCCUUCAGUUGAUCACAUUCCUGUUAAAUGUACUACCUUAAAUAUUUAUGUUGCUUCUACUGAAGUCGUUUGAUACGUCUUGGAGUGUGAUUUACUGAAGAAGUGUUGUGCAGGGUGUUUUAAAGUCAAGUAAAAUGUUUUGUCUGGAUAAAAGGUGGAGGACAAUGUGAAGGUCAGCAGUUAAAGCAUUUCUUAAUACAGGUCAAACAUUUCACUCUGUGGAGUCUCAUUCGUGCAUUUUCUUCAAGGUCAUUGUUCGAACCUUAGUGGAUCUGUUUUAAAGGGAUAUGCUUAAAAAAAUUUGUUUUGAAGUGGGGUUUUUAUUUACAAUAGAAAGAGGCCACAUCGCUUUAAGUUUGUAGAAAAGUGAAAAUGUUCCCUAAAUCUGUGAAAGUCUUAACAAGUCAGAUGGACUCGCUGAUUUAGCCGUCUAAAAUAACCCAAACUUAAAAUGUUCAUCAUUGUGAGCUGAAUUAUAUCAGCAAGUUUAAAACUGUCUAAACUUUCACAAAGGGGCUUUGAUAAGAUUUUUUUCCCCCUUCUUUUCUCAGUCAAAUUUUGUCUGUGCUACUGCUAAGCUGGAGGAUGCUGUUGGCUCUGCUGGUCCAGCAGGAUAAAAUUUGCCAUCUUUGAUGCCUCUCUGCCCUGCUGGCAUCCAGCUCGAUCGAUAACAGGUUGUUGGGACAUUUAAUGCCAAGCUCAAAAUUACUAUUUUCAUUCAACCUAGACUUUUCUGAUCAGAAACGAGACGGGUGUCUCUCAGAAGAUAAUGCAAGAUUUUUUAAUUUGUAUUUUGUUACAAAUGGCUAGAAAAAAAUAAAGUAGCACUGCAGUAAUUAAAACCCUGAGGGCCCACUGACCUGCAUGUUUUAGGUACAAGGAGAUAAUCAUUCGAAUCAGGUGUGCUGAAGCAGGAACACAUAAAAAACAUGCAGGACCCUGAGAAGCUAUCGGAUUUAAAUCGGGGCUUGACCUCUAAAAACGUUAACACUUCCAGUUAGAAGCACUCAAAAGGUAUAACAAAACUUGUUUUACUCUUUUUUUUGUUAAAAUGGGAUUCAGUUUGAGUUAUUUUAAAUAGCUAAAAUCAGAUAAAACAUUAAGUGUUUUUGACUGCUAGCCUUUCAUGAUGCUUAGGAUUUAAAAAAAAAAAAAUCUCACUGUGAUGUCAGAUUGCAAACUAUUACUGGUAAAGGAGCCUCACUUCAAAAAUGUUGAACUAUUCCUUUAAGAGUCAUCAAUAGGAUCAACAAAUUUUUACAAUAUCUGUGAAUUUAAGUGUCUCCCAUGGGUCAAAUAAUAGUUGAAUGCAUUUUUUUUUUUGGAUAGCAUAGAAACCAGCCCACACCUGCUACUAACAGAAAAUACUGAACUUUUCUUGUGUUCUUAAUGUGUUAUUCGUUUGUGCAUCCUUGUUUUGCUCGGAGAGGAUGUAGCAUUGCAAUAUAUAUAUGAAAACUGAAGUACUUGUGGACAAAAAGACAAAAAAAGUUACAUUUUUGUGUUUAUAGUUUAUUUAUUUCCCUGAACCGGUGACCCUCCCCUUUUUAUAGUAAUAAUUAACCCAGUAAGUGGAUGGUACAAACUAAUAAACCAGCUAUCAGUACAGCUACUUGGUUUUAGCAGUGGUUCAACAGUUAAUGUGGAGUUUAAUUUUAGAAGUAUGCAGUUACAAUAACUCAUGCCUGCCAAUGCGUUUUUUUUUUUCUUAGAUCUUACCACAGUAUUGUUUAGACAUUUUUUUGUAUUUAGUCAUGCAGUAGUGACUUACUCGGAAUAAUAAUUUUCAGACUUUAUUUUAUUUUUUGUGUGUAAUGAAAACAUUCAUGUUUGUUUGUGCACUCGGACAUCACACCCACUGAAACCUCGGACUCUGGAAGACGCAGAGCUGCAAAAACCCUCUGUGGAGAAAGAGAGAAUAGGCACCGUUAUCUGUGUGAGUCCUCUCUGACGAGGAAGCUUUUUAAGUUGUGUAAGUCCAUCCCGCACCUGUGAUGACUUCUGUUUUUAAGUGGGGGGAAAAAUUGAGCAAUGUACGCUUUGAUGUCAUGGGGGAAAAGGAAAAUCCGUAAUGCCCAUGCGAAGCUGUUCACGUAACUGCGAGUGCUUUUGGGCGCCUGAUGUGACCGAUUGUCAAUAAAUUGUUCAUGUGAAGGGGAAGUGUUUCUUCGAUGGAAGUGAAUUGACGAGAACGAGCUGCGAUGCCCGGUUGUGUUUUCGAGGAGGAGUUUUGUUCACUUGAAAAUGUUGUUUUCUGCUCGUGAGACGAUUCGCAAGUCGUUUAGCUCCAGAGAGGAGAGACCCGUGUUUCCCCCCCUCCCAGAGGAUCGCUGUUUGUUUAAACGAGGCCGGUUCUGGUUGUAACUUACUGUUCCUAUUGACACGCAAAAACACCUGACAGGACGGAUGGAGGAGCCGCCGCCUGCUCUUGUUUGAACCCGGCCUGCAAAAGCAGCUUCGGCAUCACUGUGAAGGUUUCCCUGUGCAUUCGGUUCUGGUUCUGAACAGAAGGCAGGAGAAUUGAGAUUGUGACAACUCUGAAAUUCGCAGAGCAUCGACAGAUCACUCGGUCUCCCUGGGGAGUUUUGGGUCCGAUUCGUCCUUAUCGCACUUUGCCCGGUUUUACUCAGAUUUUCCCGGUCGUCAGGAAAGACGAUUGGCUCAAAUGUCAGCUAGGAAUGCUGCCGCUGACCUCUCUUUCCCCGAGGAGCCGUGUUGAACCGGUACCACUUCAUCAUCUGAGGUCAUCCGCAGCACCGUGGAUGAAGUACGCGCAUCUUCGCUGGGAGGAGCAGAGGAUACCGUUCGCUGAAGUUCCGGGACCACUCCAUGUCAAAACCUUAAGUCCAAACUCAGCUACCAUCUAUUUUAGCUGAAUUAGGGUUAAAAAAAU